AUGGAAGGUGGCACGAGUUCCUCAAGGAGCACCAUACAGGCUUGUGCUGCUUGUAAGUUCCAACGCAGGAAGUGCGGACCCAACUGCAUUCUCGCACCUUUCUUUCCUCCUUAUCGCCAAAAACAGUUCCUUAAUGCUCACAAGCUUUUCGGAGUUGGCAAAAUCACCAGCAUGAUCAAGCCUCUUGACCCUGUUAACAGAAACUCAGCCAUCGACGCCAUUAUCUUUGAGUCAGAUAUGAGAGCCAAAGACCCUGUUGGGGGCUGCUUGAGAACCAUUCUAUACUUGCAAUCUGUCAUCGCUUCUGCAGAAUCUGAACUCCAAUUUCUCCUUCAACACCUUGCCUUCUUCAGAGCACAAGCUCUUGAUUCCAUCGCCACACCACAACCACCACCACCACCACCUUCCUCCUCCCACGACCCUUAUCAUCAAGGAAUGUCACUUCAAGAAUCAAAAGAUCCGUCACAACUUCACCCACAAGAACUUGGAAAUGAUCCCUCACAACUUCAACAACAAGAACAACCAAAAGAUUCGUUCUUUAAUUACAGUUCAUUGCAAGAAGAUAUGAACGUGUCGGACAUUGACAGCUUAGUACCUUUCUCUCCGUGGCUAUCGCCGCUGGAUGACAUCAGCCAAUAUCAAGAUCCCUGAUGGCUGCGGGUAUGAUCAGUGCGUUCUUUCUUGGUCUCAAGAAUCCAAUGAUAUGGUUGAUGCAAGUCUAGGUGUUAUGUAUUCGUGUAACUGUUAUUUAUUUUAGAUUCUUCUGAAUCCAUUUCCUCUUACAGGUAUAUUUUUCUUUCUUUCUUUCAACAAGAAACUUUCUUGGGUCAUUCAAAAGUCCUUCCAGUCAUCGAAAUCAAAUUCAAAAGUCCUUCCAAUCACCAUAAUCACUUCUCUGUAUCUGCUUGUGUUCAAAGGCUAUUCAGUUUCUUGAUGUGAAUGAACUAUACUGCAUAACAUGUGUCUUGCAGCCAACAGAAUGUUGCCGCUGCCACCUGCUACACAUGGUGAUUCUAUUAUUAAUCUUUAAAUGUUAAUUAUUACAUACCCUAAUUGUAAUUUGUCAGCAGUCGUUUGGGUUCGUAAUCAGAGAGGAAUCGGAGUCGUUCUGAACCGGAGCCGAUUCAAAUCCGAAGGGGAAUGGUGGGUGAGGUCAUGGCCCCGGUCAAGGAGAAACACUGACCAAUGUUACGAGAAGCUACUGCUGAAUUUGGAGGAAGGGGAAGCGGUCCAUGACACCAGGGCGGCGUGGCGGCGUUAGGGCUGCUGCUGCUAGCGUUGUUUUCAUGGGAGUUAAGGUUGUUUUUGUCGUUGUUAAGGUUAAGGGUGUUGGUGGCGGCGUGUAAAGGUUAGACGAUGAACGGAGACUCGUGAUAAAACGAUGUGGCACUUUAUCACCACUCAUAUUUCUUUAUCAUGUAGUUUUAUUAUUAUGAAAUUAUGUCUCACUUGUUUUGAACUACUGUCUGGUUCAUUCAAAGUUGGAGAAGUAAUGAGCAAAACAACACCAAAACAUCACGGAGUUCAUGCUGUUAUUUCUUUAAACAAUAUAGCUGAGUGAUGAGUUUAUGUGAAGUUAGAGAAG